AUGGCGACGGUGACGUCGCUCGCGACGUCGACGGGAGAAACGGUCGGAAGCGGAGCGUUAGCAGCAGUGACAGCGACAAUAGAAGAGGGUAACAGUAGCGAUACCUCGGAUAACGCAGCCACGGGGAGCGUUACCGGAGGAGGAGGACCCGAGACGCCGUGGCCGAGCGCGACGUUCGAGAGAGGGCGUCGAUUCAAACGCGUCGUCCUCUUCGGACUCCUCGGCGCGAUGGUCCCGGUGGCGAUCGUCUGGGGGCUCAUGAUGUACGAGCUCGGCAAAGAGGCGCGUCCGCACAUCGCGCUGGUCCCCGUCCGACCGCGUUCCUCGCCGAGGACUUUUGCGAGCGUCGCGUUCGGUUUCUCUCCGCCCGCGCCGCGCGUCGUCGGUUUUUUUUACUGUACGCCUCCAGUCGCGACGCCGUCUGACGCGCCCCCGACGUUCGUUCUAUACACUGGUCCCCAUACGACCGCGUCGGCGUGGUGA